AUGGGUUCCAUGGUGUUUUAUUACAUACUGUUUCUCUUGGCUGCAUCUGAAGUGCAUUGCAGCAAUGGAGACGCCAAUCAAACGUUAAUGCAUAUGCUGGGAUUUUUGAAAAAUAAAGUUAAUUCAAAUCAUCUUGGAUGUGAUGUCAUUAUUCUUAAUCCAAACAAUGACAAUGCUUCUAUCAACAUUUCAUCCCAAGAUGGACAAUUGAGGAACGUGAUACUUCAAAGCCUUUAUGCCCAUACUGAGACCUUCAAUCAAGACUUCGAAGUAGAUGGUUCAGGUUUAAGCCGGAAAGGAAUCAAAGUUACCUCUGAUCGUCAGUUGUUCGUGUAUGGAAUCAGUCGUCAUACAUUAGGUUUUGAAGGUUUUCUUUCUCUUCCAACCCAUUACCAAGGCAAUCACUACUUUGUUAUCACAGGAAGCUCUCAAUCGGAAUUCCUCAUUGUUGGCAUAUAUCCCGGUACAUGCGUACAUGUUCUUCUUAGAACAACCUUUACAAAAGUAACGUAUAAAGGUAACUCUUAUAAAAAUGGAAGCACUAUAACAGAAAUUUUGAAUGAAUACAGUACAAUGAAAGUAUACGCGGCGGCGAGUGAUUUUACCGGAACAGAGAUAAGGUCUUCUAGAACUGUGAGUGUGUUUAACGGGAACAAACUUAUUGGUCGUAAUAAUGGAAAAAACCACCUGGUCGAACAGUUACCGCCAUCUGACAACUGGGGUCAGGCGUACGUAACGACAGGUCCAAUAGGUUUCACAUAUGACUGCAAGAUUAUGUCAGGUUUUCCAAAUACUUGUGUCAACUACACAUGUUCAACUAACGUCACGGAAUAUCUUGAUUUACCAGAAGCUGGCUCGUACAGGACAUUGCAAUUUAACAACAAAACCUGUUUCCUGACUUCAAACAAGCCAAUACUAGUAACCAUACUCAUAUUCAGAGAUUAUGAUACACGCCCGUGUUUGAUAACACUGCCGGCCCUCGAGGAGGUUAGAUAUACAAUGGUUUAUGUACCAGCUGCCAUGGAUAAUGCUCAAUUAAUUAUCGUAACGAACGAAAACAUUACAGUGAACAAUGCAACUGAUGAAACGAUUUUGACAUACGUCGAGUGUCCAAGUUAUAUCAAUACAUGCAUACAUUAUGUAAAAAUACUGCGAAGAAAUCAGACUUACACGAUCAGAUCCACGAAGCAGCAUUUUGUGAUUUCAGCUUAUAUUCAUGGAACAAGAUGUAAAGGAAACAAUUGUGAUGAUAGAGGAAUAGGAUAUCCGAUUUUAUACCAUACCCCUAAGGGGAACAGCGAACAUAAAAAUGUCACGUGUAGCGAGAGUUCAGGAUUACCCGACAGCUCCACUGAAGAUCCUUCCUCACCACUGGUGCAGAACAGGUCGUGCCAAUGUUGUAGUUCGAGAAACUCCACUGCGAAUUACACUAAAGAAGACCUGGCGGCUAUGCUGACACUACUGAGGGAAAAGCUGUAUGUCCAUCGGAAAAAGACGAAUAUGUACAUCCGCUCUCUCAUCUCCGCUCCAGACUACAGGGUCUCGUCAAAGGUCAUAGGUUACACGUGUGGAUGCGUUCUUGGAUUACUAGGAAUAUGUCUGGUACUUUUGGAUAUCCGAAAUCUCUUAAAGAUGUUCAAAAACAUCCGACGGAAUAUUUUCUCUCGGUAACUAGGGAUAGACACAUUUUGUCAAUAACAUUUGCUGCGACCAGAUCUGUAUAUAAUAGGUCGACAUGUGUUUUAAUUUUGACCAAUAAGGUUGUUUGAGCGACAGCUUCAAGUACUUUCUAUGAAUGAUAAUUGUGCAUUUCAUACAGAAAUGUUCCUGCGUCAAAAAGUGAAUGAAGUAGACUGUUGUAACAUUAAUCAAAGAUAACACUGCAGCAUCGGCAAAGACGCAUUUUGUGGGAAUUUUAAGUUGUACAUAGUGACAAAAGAACUGUAUUAUUUGUUUUCAAUCUAAUGUGUAUUUUUCUAUUUGUUUUUACUUAUAAUAAAUACUAGCACAAACAACUGUU